AUGAGGUUGAAGAGAGUGAGAGAGUUAACCAGCAAGCUCCUUGGAAACAUUCGCGAUAAAGACGCAGGAUUGCUUAGAGCACAUGAGGAGGAUUGCAAGCAUGAUGAAGACAUGCAAUCCUUUGACACCAACCUCAAAGCACGUACGACAGAAGUGAUCAGCAGCCUUGCGAGUAGCGGAGCUAUUUCAACGGAAUACUUGAAAGAUGUCGUAAAUUAUGUGAGGGUGUGGAACCAGACGACUGUGGACUCUAUCUUGCAAUUGGAAAAGGAUAUCAGAGGCGAGGGCAAGAAAAGGGUCAAGGGCAAGCAGAGUAAGAAAAGCAAGAAGAAAAACAGCAGAUUUCAGAGCGUUGUGGACGAGUACGUAGACAAUAGCAGGGGGAUGCUGGAUUUAUUAUCGGAAUUGAACAAGUUUGUAAACUCAGCUUGCAACAGCCAUUCGUCUAUUGAAACUGUUGUUCAAGAAUACUUUAACAAACAGGAAAACCCGGACGACAGUGGUACUAGUUCAACUACUCAUGACCACUACAAGAGGAUAUCUGAGAAACUGAAGAAUAUCAAGGCCGCUGCCCAUAACAGUUAUGCUGAAAGCUUGCUCCAGAAGGUUCAACCUUUGAUCACGAUGCAUCAACAAUUGCUUGAGAAUUUGACAGUCCAGAAAGAGAAGCUUGUCAAGAAACAGCAGACUGCUCGUGCUUGGAGGAAGGCCACGAAUAUGUUAUUCAUAAGUUCUGUGGCUGCGAUGUUACUCUGGUCUGUGGCAGCAGCAGUUUUAGCUUCUCCAAAGACUGUAGCAAUAGCAGCAGCUAUUGCUGCUAGUACUGGGGCGUUAACGGAAGGACAACAUUGGAUUGUCUCUCGGUUAAAAAAAUGGGGAAAAUGA